UUCAAUAGUACUCAAAUCUAGUUCUCAUCAUGAUUGAAAACAAAUUGAUUUUGCUUCUGAGGAGAAGCAAAUCCCUAACCCCCAAAUUUUCUGAAUCGAAGUUUAGCAAAUGGAAAACAUAUUCCACUCCUUCAACCGAAUCACAGUCGAGCUUUUACUACUCGAGAAUCAUUCCUUCUGUCAAAACCUCAAUCACAGGAAGCUUCAUUGGCUGUGGUAUAAGGUCAUUGCUUCAAAAUAAUGUUAAGAACUUCCACAUUCGCUCAUUCCGGAAUUUCUCAACCGCCAAAUCCACAAAUGCAAAAGGAACAGAAGGAUUGAAACUUCUGGUCACUGCUGGGUCCAAUGCUCAGGAAGUAGUUGGUAUUUGGCUUUUUGUAUCUGCUGCUUGGGUGUACAGCAUGGUGGUUCUCGGUGGCGUCACACGGCUGGCUAAGUCUGGCCUUCCAAUGACAGGCUGGAAAUUCACUGGUCGUCUUCCUCUCUCUAAUGACGAUUGGUUGGCAGAAUUUGAAAAAUACAAGCAAUCCCAUGACUACAAACGAGUAAAUAAAGAGAUGACUAUUGAUGAUUUUAGGUUGAUGUAUUAUAUGGAGUAUGCUCAUGUUUUGUGGGGAAGGUCAUUGGCCGUUAUGUUUGGAGUACCUUUUUCAUAUUUUCUUUUAAAAGGAUAUAUUACACUCCUUCUCGGACUUAGGCUCUCUGGACUAUUUGCUCUUUGUGCUGGGCAAGGACUAAUAGGGCGGUGGACAGCCAAGUGUUCAGAGGAACCCAAGUCCGAGUUUGCUGGACCAAGAGUAAGUUUUUACCACCUAGCAGCUCAUUCGAUUUCAACCUUUGUUGUUUACUCUGGGCUCUUUUGGACGGCUCUUUCUGUCGCCAUGCCUGAAUCCCCUGCGGAAUCAAUAGCCUGGGUUCAACAGGCAGCAAAGGUCAAGCGUUUUGUUCUCCCUGCAAGUUUUAUUGUUGGGAUCACUGCUAUCUCUGGAGCAUUUGUGGCUGAAAGUGGCGGUGCUUUUAGUGCUUCUUCACAUACGAGCGAGGGAUGGGUUUCAAAUGAUGUAUUUGUCUUGAAAACUCAGCUCGUCCACCAAGUACUCGCUGCUGCAUCUUUACUUGCCAUUGGUGGCCUGUGGUGGUCGACAAGAACACCUGAUAUACCUCCUGCAUUACGGCCUUUAAUAGGAAGCACUAUUGGCAUCGCUGCAGUUCAGGUUAGUUUGGGGACAGCUCCUCUCUUGUCGACUGCACCGCCCUCACUGGGCACUCUUCAUCAGGCGGGCGUGUUGACCCUCUUAACCCUCGCAAUAUAUCUGAACCACAUCGUGAGACGACCUUCUUCUCAACUCCUCAAAACUCUUUCUUCUGUAAGUAAAACAAUAACCUGACCUGAUGGUGCAGGAUCUGGUAGUUACACUUCUUCUGGUGUAAUUCUUUGCUUUUUCGCCUAAAGGUUAAAUAACAUUUUAAUGCAUUUUAGUUCAUGUAUGAUGUA